UCUCAACAACUUUUCAACAACAUGUCCGGUCGAGGUAAAGGUGGAAAGGGUCUUGGAAAGGGAGGCGCUAAGCGACACAGGAAGGUUCUGCGAGACAACAUCCAGGGAAUCACCAAGCCCGCCAUCAGGCGUCUCGCUCGUCGAGGUGGUGUCAAGCGUAUCUCUGGUCUCAUUUACGAGGAGACCCGAGGAGUCUUGAAGACCUUCCUCGAGGGAACCAUCCGUGAUGCCGUUACCUACACCGAGCACGCCAAGAGGAAGACCGUCACCUCGUUGGACGUCGUCUACGCUUUGAAGAGGCAGGGAAGGACCCUCUACGGUUUCGGAAACUAAGCAUAGUCUCUUACCAACCAAGAGUCCUCACCAACUUCUCCACCAUCACGCUUCGAUAUUCGCUUUUCGCUCCUACCCACCCGCACGCCUUGCAAUCUCUUUUCCUGCUCUCGUCGCUCCGCCUCUUCUUUCUUCGGCACGGGAUCUUUGUGUUCGGAUUUGGCCAAUCUGGAUCGUGAGGACCUACCACCCGUCUCGGAGCUGGAUCGACGGUGUCUGUCGAGGCGAUAAGAGUAUUCUUGUAUCGCUCGCUUGGAGUUCUCCCCCUUUCGCUUUUUGACAAGGAUUGUAGUAGUUACUUCUCUCUCGAUGAAUGAGAUGAUCUGAAGA